CUCCGCCUCCCGCGCCCCAGCCGCGCCGCUGCGCCGGGCCCGCCGCCGCCGCCGCCGCCGCCGCCGCGGGAUCGCCGCCCCUCCCCCAGCCCGCCGGCCCCACCGGCCCGCGGGGCGCGGACGCGCGUGGCGGCUGCUCGGUGCGACCAUCUUUGGAGCCUGCCCCAGGAUGCCCCAGGGGUGUGGAUGACCAGCCAACCAGUCCCCGCCACCGUCCAGGUCCGGAUGUCGCUGCCUGAGGGCCGCCGGUGGCCCCGUGCCCUAGUUUCCUGACGCAGGGACCCUGCCGGUUUGGUCCCCACCUGGCUGCUCAGGGGCCAGGGAAGGUGCGGGAGUAGUUUCCCCACCAAGCACUUGCGCCACGGCGCAGGGCCCAGGAGGAAGGGACUUGGCCCCGGAGGGCAGCACCUUCGCUCAUCGGCUCGGCAAAAUGACCAGCCUGUUCCGCCGGAGCAGCAGUGGUGGAGGUGGCGGAGGUGGCGGCGGUGGGGGCGGCUCCGCAGGGGCUCGCGGGGCCGGGGGCAGUGCUAUGGCCUCCUCGCAGGAGCUCAACAACAGUCGGCCCCCGCGGCAGGUGCGCCGCCUCGAGUUCAACCAGGCCAUGGACGACUUCAAGACCAUGUUCCCCAACAUGGAUUAUGAUAUCAUUGAGUGCGUGCUGCGUGCCAACAGUGGGGCUGUGGACGCCACCAUCGACCAGCUGCUGCAGAUGAACCUGGAGGGGGGUGGUGGCAGCGUCUACGAAGACAGCUCCGACUCGGAGGACAGCAUCCCCCCGGAGAUCUUGGAAAGGACUUUGGAACCUGAUAGCUCCGAUGAAGAGCCCCCGCCUGUGUACUCCCCGCCAGCCUACCACAUGCACAUGUUCGACAGGCCUUACCCGCUGGCUCCCCCCACUCCACCUCCCCGCAUCGAUGUGCUGGGCUCCGCGCCCCUCUCCAGCCAGAGGCACUAUCGGAACUGGAACCCGCCACUGCUGGGCAACCUCCCGGAUGACUUUCUCCGCAUCCUGCCCCAGCAGCUGGACAGCGUGCAGGGCAACCCCGGGGGCUCCAAGCCCAUGAGCAGAGAGGGAGGCCUGCCCCCUACGGCCGGGCCUGGGACGCGCGACCAGGAGAGCCUCUGGAAGCAGUACCUGGAGGACGAGAGGAUCGCGCUCUUCCUGCAGAACGAGGAAUUCAUGAAGGAGCUGCAGCGCAACAGGGACUUCCUCCUGGCACUGGAGAGAGAUCGACUGAAAUACGAGUCCCAGAAAUCCAAGUCCAGCAGCGUGGCUGUGGGGAAUGACUUCGGCUUUCCCUCUCCUGCCCCAGGAACCAGUGACGCCAACCCUGCUGUGUCUGAAGAUGCCUUAUUCAGGGACAAGUUGAAACACAUGGGCAAAUCCACUCAGAGGAAGCUGUUUGAACUGGCUAGGGCCUUCUCGGAGAAGACCAAGAUGAGGAAGUCAAAGAGGAAACAUUUGUUGAAGCAUCAGUCGCUGGGGGCUGCUGCGUCAACAGCCAAUCUCCUGGAUGACGUGGAGGGCCACACCUAUGGUGAGGAAACCGAGGGACGGUCUUGUCCAAGGCCUUGGAGCUCAGUGGGGGAACCAGAUGAAGACUUGCGGGGAAGGCGACAGGAGGUGCCCAAGGUGGAGGAAGCCCUAAGGGAAGGACAGUAAGAGAUGACAGCAGUUCCUCCUCGCUGGAGAUGAUCUGACCCGGUGGAGGCGGCCAGAGAGCGGCACCGGCCCCCCGUCGAAAAGCCUAGCUGUGGCUGGACAGAUGGUGCUGACUGCCGAGGCCCAGCGAUUCUCUGGCUGCCGUCCAGCCCAGACACUGCCACUUUCCGUGGGACUUGGAACUUCGGAGUUGCAUGCUGUGAUUGGAGAAAGGAUCUGGGGGAGGGGGGUGCGCAGGCCAACCAGGGCUCCUUUGUAGCCUGGCUGUUCUAUGGGCAAUGAUGGAUUUCCAAACCCCUUCUUUUAAAAAAAAACAACAUCCAGAAACAGGCAAAGGUUGGAGGCUCUUUGGCCUGAAGGUGGAGCCCCUACCUCUCACGCUUCCCAACCUUCUGGACCACGGACAAUGCCUGACCCCCUGUCCCAUCCCCUGCUCCCUCCUGGGCACUUUGAGCCCUUUAUUCCCACUGUCUUCUGCAUCUCAGCCUUUUCCAGGGGCUGCUCACACUGGGCACAGCCCCUGUGCAGAGCUCCAGGUGGGAGAGCCCCGGGCAGCCACUUGGCCCCUGGAGGAGUGAUGGGCCACGGAAGAGGGUAUCUGCUGACUGCCCUGCCUGGGCCCCGCUGGCGCCUCUUUUAGGGGCUGGCACGGCCCCCAGCAGGGAUGGGGAGGGUGGCCACCCCGGAGCUGGAGGACUCUGGUUAGGCAGUAGUCUGGAGCAAGGGGAAGGGGUUGCCAGUCUGGGUGGGAGCACCUGGGGCAAAAGGGUUUGCUGGGUGCCCCUUGCCAAGAGUGAGAAGGUGAAUGAUCCGAGGAUGAAAACUCCGGUUCUACCAACCUUACCUGGCAUCAACCACUGCCAAUGGGAGGGAGACUGCCCGAUCUCCCUGGCGCCACCAUCAGGAUGGGAAGGCGCUGACCUCUUGGGAGACCCGGGAAUCCUGGGCAGCCGGAGGUUUCAGCCACCCCACCCACCGAGUGUGGAAGCAGCCCAACCCCCGCAGGGCUGGCAGUGGGAACCAAGCCUUUGCGGGGCCCCAGGUGGCCUCAGGUCACCCCGAGAAAAUGAGGGCAUGGCGGGCGCUCAGGACCGCAGGCGGAGGCGACACCGCCAGCGCACCUCAUUCCGCCCGCGCCGCUUGACCAAGUUUGGAAGCGCGCGGGCUGGCCCUGCCCAGGAGGGGCCGCCCGCCCUCUACUGCGUCUUGGCCGGGAUAUAGCCCUCAGGCCGAGCUACAGCCGGGCCUGACCCCAUAGAGCUGGCUUUGCUCUCUGAGGGGUGCCUCGGGCUGUGGCCCGGGCUCCUCUCUGCUCUAGAGCCCGGCGCACCGCGGGGAAGCCCCAGCCCCAAGUGUGUGUAUUGCUGUGUUUUUUUUUUUUUCCUUCCUUUUUUUCCCCCUUCUAUGUGUGGGUUUUCUCUUGGGGCUGUUUCACAGGAAUUCCUGUAAUAAAGACUUGGUGUUCUCUUGGUGCUCUGA